AUGCACACCACUACAACACUCGACGCACACACACCCACGGAUCGCGCCACCAUGUCCGAGCAGUCGCGCAGGCGUGAGGUCGAGAUGUACGCACACACGCUGCGCACACGUCUCCAGCUCGCAUCGAUCAAAGCGCUCGGCACCAAGUUCGACGCUGCACCUGUCCAACCUCUGGCGACGAGUCUGGUUGCCAACACCACCGACGACUCGCAGGUCUCGACGCCCGCACUGUCGCAGACCGAAUCGUCGUCGUCGAGCAGCCGAUCCACACGCUCCAUCUACCUCGAUAUCUUCGGCACGGAUUUCCGCCCCAAGUCGCUGUCGCGCACCACCUCUUUCGCUUCAUCCUCGUCGCGCCCACGGUCGGGAGCGUCGCCAUGUGCAUCGACAGGGUCGACACGCUCGCUGCUGGACCGUACCGCUUCGUCGCCGCAGCUCGGCUCGCCGGAACGCAGCAACGGCCGAUUUGACUGGCACAACAAUCCGACGCCCGCCAUGGUCGCACACGAAACCCGACUCGCCACGCCGCCGUUCGCACUGCCCGCAUCGCCGUGGUUGACCACUCCACGCACGCCGCGGUCGCGCCACGCAUCGGGCCGACAUAUCCUGGUGCACGCUGUGGACCAGGAUCAGGAGGAGCGUGACCGCGUUGCCACGACGCUCGCUGCACUGGCGGAAUCGCGUGCCGCCAGCAGCGGGAGCGACUCGAGCGGCUCCGACCGCCCGCACACCCCGCCGCAGCAUGGACUGGGCAUCGGAUUCAGCCCCACACUCAAGCGCACCGUACCUCCGGCAAAACGGCACAAGCGCAACGUUUCCUGGUCCGUCCCCGCGCUGCCUGCUGCCGAGGAGGAGGCCGAGGAUCGUACUGCGGCCGAUUACUUGCUGUUCCUCGCAUCGAGUCCGUCACCUUCGUCGAUCAAGCGCUUUUCGUCUGAUGCCGAUACCGACGCCGCCGCGACGGGGGUACUUGCGACACCAGCGCACACUUCGCUCUGGGAUCCGUUCGGCGAACCGCGCAGCCGGACCACGACGCAACGGGGUGAACCGCUAACUCCACCACCCUCUGCGCGAAAACCCGCGGCUGCUGGUGUUGCAGGGGGAUCGGAUACGCCACGGGAUGCGCACGAGUACAUGGCGACACGCACGCCGAGGUCACCACGCACACCGCCGCCGUCGACACUGCGCAACAGCGGCUGCUUUGAAGUGGGCACCCCCGCCGCACCCGGUGGCGACACCAACUUCCACUAUGCCGACUUUGUCAAUGUCUCCCCCAGCCCCCAGCCACCCAGCACGGGCAGAUUCGCUGCAACCUAUGCUCCCCGUGGCGAGCUGAGGACACCGACAAAGAUCAACCGUCACCGAUUCGAGCGUCCAUCUUAA